AUCAGCUGGCAGCUGUCAUGUUCUGUGCAACGAAACGCGUUGUAGGUUAGGUUACGUCUUUGCAGAAUUCUGAUCCAAAAAUAAUUUUGUGCUAAAAUAGCCUUUUUAAAAGGUUUUAUCAAACCAACAAUGUCGCUCCUAACCAGAAAUGUAUGCCGUGCGCUGAUGCAGGGAACCUACAUGACCCAUAUGGGUAAAGGUGUUCACACAACUUCGGUAAACGCAGACAAAAACGUAUGUUACGCUCCACACAGUAUCAGCACCCUGCAAUCGAGUUCGACAGAGGGUCGCAUCAAGUGCACUUUGAUUCCCGGAGAUGGUGUCGGUCCUGAGUUGGUCUACUCAGUACAGGAAGUUUUUAAGGCGGCUGAUAUCCCGGUGGACUUCGAGUCCUUCUUCUUCUCCGAGGUGAACCCGACGCUCAGCGCGCCGCUGGAAGAUGUCGUCAACUCUAUCGCCAGGAACAAGUGCUGCAUCAAGGGUAUCCUCGCCACCCCAGAUUUCUCUCACACCGGAGAGCUGCAAACCCUGAACAUGAAGCUGCGUAACGCUCUGGACUUGUACGCUAACGUGGUGCAUGUCAAGUCGCUACCCAACGUGAAGAGCCGACACCAUGAUGUCGACUGCAUCAUCAUCAGAGAGCAAACUGAGGGAGAGUACUCUGCGCUGGAGCACGAGAGUGUACCUGGAGUAGUAGAGUGUUUGAAAAUCAUCACGGCAGCCAAGUCGGAGCGUAUCGCAAAGUUUGCGUUUGACUACGCCGUGAAGAUGGGACGCAAGAAGGUGACAGCGGUACACAAAGCUAACAUCAUGAAACUUGGAGACGGACUCUUCUUGCGUAGCUGUGAAGAGAUGGCAAAACUGUACCCUCGUCUCCAGUUCGAGAAGAUGAUCGUGGACAACUGCUCCAUGCAGAUGGUGUCCAACCCCAACCAGUUCGAUGUGAUGGUCACGCCGAACCUGUACGGUAACAUCGUUGACAACCUCGCCAGUGGACUGGUGGGCGGAGCCGGAGUCGUCGCUGGAGCGUCUUACAGUGCCGAGUGCGCUGUCUUUGAACAGGGAGCCCGUCACAUUUUCUCUGGUGCGGUGGGUAAGAACAUCGCGAACCCGACCGCCAUGUUGCUUUGCUCCGCAAACCUACUGGCCCACGUCAACCUGCACCCAUACUCCAGGAUGAUCAAGAACGCCAUCAACAAGGUAUUGACCGACGGUAAAGUAAGGACAAAGGACCUUGGAGGACAGUCCACAACCAAAGACUUCACCAACGCAGUCAUCCACUGCCUGACAUAAACCUAGACCAUUCUAAAAGAACCAAUGAAAUAAAUUAGUGAAGUUAUUUUGAACUUUAAUGCUUAGACACAAAGUUCAUUAUUGAUUGGCAGUAAAGUUCUCUUAGGGUUGUAUGACUCGAGUAACGUUUAAAAUAAUUGUUACGUCAUAAUCUAUGUCGCUUAUGAGACAUUAAAAUCGAAUGGAUUUAAAUCGAGCAAUGAAAGCAAUCUAAUUUGGACUAUAGCCAAAAGAAUUUAAGGUGACAUUUCGUUUCAUUGGUUCCUUGUAGCAUAAAAUCAAAAUCAUCCCUGAACACGUGGUGUUCGUUAAAAACUACAUUUAAUUAUUUAUUUAUUUUUACUAUUAAUGUAGAAACAACGAUCUGUGAAUAGUGACAUUAUUACAAUUCAGUAUUCAUUUAUAUGCAAGUAUUUAUGUAGGUACAAUCAGUUGGGAGAUGUAAAUAAAACCAUAUUAUGUACUACUAA